GGGGGAUCUCCUUAAAUGCCUCCUGAUCAACUUUUGGUUCUGUAGUGACAGCCUUAGAGUAGUCUUGGGUUAGUAGUGACCAUAGUUGACAGGGUCCUACCCUAUGGUCUUUAGGGAGUCAGUCAGUAGGUCAGUGUGUCCGGGUAGGUCUACGUAGUGAGGAGUGGGACCCAUGUCGUGCACCAACACCACGAUGGAUGACUAUGCGAUGUAUGGGCUACUUGUUGGGUUCUCCCUCUGGGGGACCCUCUGGCGUCUCCUCUUCCCUCUGGGCUUCUGGCCCACUGUUGCGUGUAAAGUAGGGCCCACUCGGGGUGGUACUUCCACCAACCCUUACACGAAGGAGGAGGAGGAGAAGAUGGCCGCGAUUCUGCAGGAGAAGAAGGAGAAGAAGGAGGCCAAGAAGAAGGCCUUGAAGGAGGAGCAGGCGGCCAAAUUGAAGAAGAUAGAAGAAGAGAUGGCCAGAGAGAAGGAGAGGAUACGAAAGGAGGAAGAAGAGAAGUUSAAAGAAGUGGAAGAGGAGGAGGAAGAUGAAACACCAUUGCAGAGGAAGAGGGUGCAGUACAGUGGUAGUAGGGAUGAAGAGAUGGARAAGCGAAUCUCCGAGUGGGUAGCCAACUURUCCCUGGGCGAAGAAGAAGAGGUGGCGAUGUACAUCUCCAAGGAUGACCAAGAAGCCGCUAUGAGGGUCUGGGAAGCAGAAAAGGAUGUUGUGAAGCGGCAGGCAUUGGAAGACGAAAAGAGGAUGGAGUGGAAGUUGGCAGUGAUGAGGGAGAAGAAGAGGAGAGUGGACGCGGCAGCGGAGGCGGCAGAAGAAUUAGAGGAAGUAAAGAAUAUAGAUGAGCAACUGGCCGCCCAGACCGAACUCCCAGCUCAAAUGCGAGUCAUAGCCCGAAACGUUGCACGCCUGGCACGAAUUCAGGCGGAGCAAUAUGAUUUUAGUAGGAGUCAACACAUAGCUGUGCGUUCCAUAAAGUUGGGGUUUCAGGACUUUGCGCGUGAGCUGGUAGGCGCUAUAGGGACCGAGGUGGGCCACCGCCUCGACAAGACUGAGCGGUUCUGUGCCGGCGCCAUUGAGGGCGUCAAAGCGGCAACUCCCAAGGAGGAGGAAGCACGUCCUCCUCGUCGGGAACCGGUCAAAGUUAAAUUCCCUGAUUCCUACAGUGGAAAAAGGGAAGAGAACUUCGACAAUUGGGAGGCCAAUGUCAAGACCUAUGUGCAUCUGCAACGGGUGUCCCCGGAUCACCAGGUUCUGAUUGCGAUUCACGUGCUCAGAGAUGAUGCCGCCAGCUUUGCAAGGUCCCUAGUUCGCGCUGCCAAUUGCAGCGACGAUGCCGUUGCGUACUCCUCGUUCACUUCCCUCACUGAGUUCUUGAAGCUGUUGCGCGAGAGGUUCGCUGAUGUCGCCCGUAGCGUUAAAGCCUUAGACAGGCUGCAGACGAUCCACGCUCGUAAGUGGAAGAGUGCCAGGGCACUUAAGAGUACAAUGGACGAACUGGUAGCUGUCCCUGACCACGGGGUUACAGACACCCAGUUGGUUGGCCUCUUUUAUCGGGCUAUACCCGAAGCCCUUCGAGGGCAUUUCUUUGCAAAGAGCGAAGACCCUGCCACUACAUACGAUUCCCUUAGUCGCGAAGUAGUGGCUUUUGAAGCCAAGUCUGCAUCUAUGUCCACUUUCUGGCACAAGGACUUGGACAAGGGUAAGCAAUGGAAGGGCCGCACUAUCUCAGGGCAAGUAAAGACCAAGGACAACCUUGUCCUGACCUUAGAUGAGGGUAGUGUGGAUGAGAUCCCCUACGAUCGGAUUGAGUGGGGGUUAGAGGAGGAGGACAACGGUGUGGGCCAGGGGAGAUCUUACGCUGCUCGYUGUAUGAACGAUUUGUUCAGGCCGUGGUUAGAUAGAUUUGUUGUAGUUUAUCUAGAUGACAUCCUAGUGUUUAGCCGGACCCCUGAAGAGCAUCAGGGUCAUCUCAGGCAAGUCUUGGAGAAGCUGAGAGAAGCUAACUUCAAGAUCAAUGCAAAGAAGUGUGAUUGGGCGAAGACCCAAGUUUUGUAUCUAGGCCACGUCUUAGACGGAGACGGCGUUAAGCCAGAAGAUAGCAAGAUCGCAACGAUUAGAGAUUGGCCCACGCCACGUACGCUGACAGAGUUGCGCUCGUUCCUGGGCUUAGCGAAUAACUACAGGAAGUUCGUGAGGAACUUCUCCACCAUCGUUGCGCCCCUUCGCAGAUUGCUAAGAAAAGAGACAAUCUGGAAGUGGGACAAGGACUGCACGUCUGCCAUGAAGAAGCUAAAGCAGGCGUUGAUAGAGUAUCCGGUCCUUAAGGUCGCCGAUCCGUCCUUGCCUUUUGUCGUUACUACGGAUGCUAGCCAGUACGGCAUAGGCGCAGUGUUACAGCAAGACGAUGGCAAUGGCUAUAGACCCGUAGAGUUCAUGUCCGCUAGGAUGCCUUUAGAGAAGGUUGCGACAUCUACAUAUGAGAGGGAACUCUACGCUCUCAGGCAAGCAUUAGACCACUGGAAGCACUACUUGCUUGGGAGGCACUUCAAAGUCUAUUCGGACCAUGAAACGUUACGAUGGUUAAAGACCCAGGCCAAGAUGACACCUAAGCUUWCUAGGUGGGCCGCAGAGAUAGAUCAGUACGACUUCGAGCUCAAGCYUGUCAAAGGGAAGUACAACGUAGUCGCGGAUGCUCYGAGUAGGAAAGCAGAUUACUUUGGGGCAAUAGUACAUUACCUCGAUAUAGGAAAGGAUCUGCAGCAGAAGGUUAGAGAAGCCUACGCGCAGGACCCUAUCUAUWGUGAGCUCCUCACRCGAGUCAAGGAGGCCYCAGAGACCGAGCCGAACUACCGCACUACUGGAGGGUUACUCUUCGAGAAGACUAAUGUCUUUGACCGGUUGUGCAUCCCCAAUAGCGAAGAGAUCCAUAGUCUGAUUCUGGGGGAAUGUCACGACACAGAGGGUCAUUUCGGUUGGCAAAAGACUUUGGCCCAUCUGAUGCGCGCGUAUACCUGGCCAGGGAUGAAGAAUGACUGCGUAGAGUAUGUUCGCAGUUGCAAAGUCUGCCAGCGUACGCGCGUAUACCUGGCCAGGGAUGAAGAAUGACUGCGUAGAGUAUGUUCGCAGUUGC